GCAAAAGAAAAAGAAACAGCAAUGAUAAAAAGGCUAGGACGCAAACGGUGAAAAACGAAAAGAAGGAAGACAGAAACAGGCAUCUUGGAGACGAGCAGAAAAUAGAAGAUAAAAGGAGGAGAAGAGAAGAAAACAAAGCGAAAGAAGAUCAAGAAGAAAGCAAUGGAGAAGACAAAAUGAACAACACAACAGACCACGACAGACAAGAGCAACAAGCAAGAGAAAGAGAAACAAGCAGUAAAAGGAACAAUCAAAAUACUAUCAACAGAUGGGAAGAAGAAGUAGAAGAGACAAGUGAGAAAGACAGAAGGAAAGAAAGAAAAAUAAGAAAUAAACAAGCGACAACAGAGGAAAUAACGCUAAAUAGCAAAGAACAGGAACAAAAUGAAUGA